GAUGCGACGGUCGGGCUUCCCGCCGCCGCCGGCGCUGCUGCUGCUGUGGUGGUUCGUGGCAGGUACCCCCGCCGCGAGCGCCCCUCGCCCUCUGCCCCCUUAUUCCAUCCUUCACUCCCCUCCUCACAUACACACACUCUUGAGGUACCGGGGAGGAGGAGUGAGGCCGCGUUGCCACGGUAACCAGGGGAGGGUUGGGUUGCCACCUUCUUCAAGUAGCCCCUGCUCCUCUGCUCCUUCUGGGAAAGGUCGGGCUGCGGCGCACGUGAGCAAAUGGCAACGCUCGCCUCGGCUCGUGUCCCUUCUUGAGAAUGGGGGGGGGGGUGUGGUGGAUCCAGAAUUGGGGGGAGUGUGUGGAUCAGUUUUCUAGAUCAGUUGGCAACAGGGCAGGGUCGGAUUUAGGUUUGAUGAGGCCCUAAGCUGCUGGAGGUAAUGUGACUGGUGACUGGGAGUGGCCACCGGGACCACAUAACACCUGUCCUGAGAGAUCUGCAUUGGCUCCCAGUACGUUUCUGAGCACAAUUCAAAGUGAUGGUGCUGACCUUUAAAGCCCUAAACGACCUCGGCCCAGUAUACCUGAAGGAGCGUCUCCACCCCCAUCGUUCAGCCCGGACACUGAAGUCCAGCGCCAAGGGCCUUCUGGCCGUUCCCUCACUGCGAGAAGUGAGGUUACAGGGAACCAGGCACAGGGCCUUCUCGGUAGUGGCGCCCGCCCUGUGGAACGCCCUCCCUUCAGAUUUGAAGGAAAUAAGCAGCUAUCUUCUCUUUAAAAGACAUCCGAAGGGGCAGCCGUGUUUAGGGAAGUUUUUAAUAUUUAAUGCUGUAUUGUUUUUAACACUUGAUUGGAAGCCGCCCAGAGUGGCUGGGGAAAUUCAGCCAGAUGGGCGGCGUAUAAAUAUUAUUAUUAUUAUUAUUAUUAUUAGGCCCUUUAUAUGUCCAGCUGUCCUUUGUCAGCAACAAAUUGCCACUGUUUUUUGUGUUGAAUAUAUGCUAUAUAGUAAUUUAUGGACAUCAUAUGUAUCUAAAAUGGGAUGCGGGUGGCACUGUGGGUUAAACUACAGAGCCUAGGACUUGCUGAUCAGAAGGUCGGCAGUUCGAAUCCCCGUGACGGGGUGAGCUCCCGUUGCUCGGUCCCUGCUCCUGCCAACCUAGCAGUUUGAAAGCACGUCAAAGUGCAAGUAGAUAAAUAGGUACCGCUCUGGCAGGAAGGUAAAUGGCGUUUCCGUGGUUCGUCAGAAGCGGCUUAGUCAUGCUGGCCACAUGACCCGGAAGCUGUACGCCGGCUCCCUUGGCCAGUAAAGCGAGAUGAGUGCCGCAACCCCAGAGUCGGCCACGACUGAACCUAAUCAUCAGGGUCCCUUUACCUUUAUGUAUUUAAAGCCAUUUGCACAUAACAAAAUACAGUGGUGCCUCGCAAGACGAAAAGAAUCCGUUCUGUGAGUCUCUUCGUCUAGCGGUUUUUUCGUCUUGCGAAGCAAGCCCAUUGACGGAUUAGCGCUAUUAGCGGCUUUUAGCGGCUUAUCAGCUUAUCGGAUAAGCAGAUAAGCGGCUCAACGGCUUAGAAAAAGGGGGGGGAGGGGGAAAAAACCGCAGGAACUCGCAAGACAUUUUCGUCUUGCGAAGCAAGCCCAUAGGAGCUUCGUUUUGCGAAGCACCUCCAAAACGGAAAACUCUUUCGUCUAGCGAGUUUUCCGUCUUGCGAGGCAUUCGUCUUGCGGGGCACCACUGUAUGUAUUUUAUGAAAGUAAUUGUUACAACCAGUCCAUGCAGAAUGUAGACACCCUGUAUAUAGAAAUGAGCAAACCAGUGAUAUUUUAGGGAGCAGGCUAGCAGGCUUACUAGCCUUACAUCAUAGGAGCCUACACAACACAAAACACCGUUGCUGUAUGUAGGUUUUAUUUUACUUUUUUUUAUCUUAUAUUUUGGAAAUGUACAUCCAGGUGUUUUUUUCCUUUGAAUUUUUUUGGGGGCCCCAAGAGAGUGGGGCCCUAAGCUAUAGCUUGUUUAGCUUAUACGUAAAUCCAGCACUGGCUGCGAUGCAUGUGAGCAAAUGGCUCAUGUUACUUCUUGCAAAUGGUGGGGUAGUGGAUCCAGAAUUUGGGGGGGGGGGGGUGGAUCAGUUUUCUGAAUCAGUUGGCAACAGGGUUUAGGGAAGGGGAGAAGGAGGAGAGAGGUGUGUUCAUGGCAGGUGUAGGAAUGGCGUGCUGCUCUCAUAACCCGUGGCUGCUCUUUUCCCUCAGGACUCCUGUUGAUGCCUCCUUCUGGGGAAGGCCUCUCCGAGGUAAGUUUAGGGGUAGCGGGGAAAGUGGGGAGUAACAAGAAGGACUCCCAUCGGUGUCCCACCAUCCCCAUCUUCUUGUGUCAUCUUCCCCAACCUGCUGCCCUCCAGAUGAUUUUUGGACAACUCUCAUCGACUGAUGGAUGUUAUCGUCCAGAACAUCUGGAGGGCAGCAGACUGAGGAAGGUUGUUCUAGUCUCUCUCUCUGUCUCUCUCUCUCUCUCUCUCUCACACACACACACACACACACACACAUAUGGUGCAGUGGAUUUUGUUCAGUCUGCAUUCAUAAGUGGAACUAAUUCACAUCCCUCGGCUAAAACAUGGAUAGGAACAUAAAUUAUCCUCUGCAUUUCACGCUUGCUAAUUUUUCAGUACAGUCGCCUGCUCAAAAAAACACCCCCCAAGUGGGUUUCUUAAAAGGUGUUUUAGGAUAAAAUAUAUUUAGAAGUUGAACUAUGCACAUUGAGAGAAAAAUAAUGUUUAAUGUACUUAAAUACGAUAACUUAAAACUUGUGCAGGAGUUAAGUUCUGGGGAUGGCACAUAUACGUCAAACCACCUCCUUGGAAGUGCCUCUGUGUGAGCAAUCUUUCCUUCUGGACCCAGCAUGCUGAAGAGGUUGUACCCCACCCUCCAUGCUCUGGAAGGCUUGUGGGAUCUUGCAGGGCCGUACAAGAUUUUGCUAGAACCUCCCAGUGCCCAGUAAGCAAGUUUUCUGCACCAGGAAAACCCUGUGCAAAAAGAGCUUUUAAGCUCUCCACCUUCUGCACAUUUAGUUUGCGUGAUUUGAACCACAUAAAGUUGAAAUUGCGCAAGCUAAUGCAUGUAAAUUGUAAGUUACCUGUAUAUCAAUAUAUAUGAAUUUUUGUAUAGCUUUUAAAAACACAUUAAUGAAGAAACAGAAGGGAACAGACAUAUGAAUUAACACGUACAAAACUGAUGCAAAUUAGAAAAGUGAUGCAAGUGAUUCAACUACACCGAAGCUCAGCAUGCAGUUAUGGGUACCACCUAGCCAUAACUGCAUGCCAGUGCAGUGGUGUAGUGGAGAGCCAGUGUGGUGUAGUGGUUAAGAGCGGUAGUCUCAUAAUCUGGGGAACCGGGUUCGCGUCUCCGCUCCUCCACUUGCAGCUGCUGGGUGACCUUGGGCCAGUCACACUUCUCUGAAGUCUCUCAGCCCCACUCACCUCACAGAGUGUUUGUUGUGGGGGAGGAAGGGAAAGGAGAAUGUUAGCCGCUUUGAGACUGCUUAAAGGGAGUGAAAGGCGGGAUAUCAAAUCCAAACUCUUCUUCUUCUUCUAGCUUGUCAGAUAGCCCCUUGCCCGCCCCUGCCCCCAGCUGCAUGCAUGGUGUGGAGUUAGGUUUGCAAUAAUUGCAUUCCUACAAAGUUGUCAAAUGUGAAUUUAAUGGAACUCAUGCAAUAUGUGGAUGGAGUUGUGAACUCAACUUUCACCAUACCUAUCACUCCUCACAGCCACACGUUUUUAUCAUGCUACUUUAUCUGUGUAAACUGAUCCUGUGUGUAGGCUUGCUUCAUGAAAAUUGGGAUUUUUGAGACUUGAAGAAAUGCUACUCUGAAUAAAUAUUUCAAAAAUACAAUUUGAGUAAACAUCAGUACUGUAAAUCUGUUCAUUCUCAACCCAGAUGCGACUUAUAUUCUCUACCUGGAUGCCCAAGGAACUUUAAUCCUGUUUGUGGGACUGAUGGAGAAACUUACGCAAAUGAGUGUAUGCUUUGUGCUGCAAACAGGUAACUAGAAACUAACUGAUUCUGGCUGCAGAAGUCUUAGGUUUACAGAUAGUUAACCUGGGCUUUUAGUUAAUUCAUACUUUUGAAGCUAUUGGUAAGAAGUCUUCAGAACUUUCAUACUUGAUUAAAUGGACCAUCUCUUUACGUCAGGAUCCUCUCUGCAGAGUUAA